AGCGAGCGAGGCAAUGGCGGCGCGGCGGCGGGGUGUGUGGCUGGCGCUGGCGGCGCUGCUGGCGUGGAGCGGCGGGCGGGCGGGCGGCUACUUCCCGGAGGAGCGCUGGGUGCCCGAGUCUCCGGCGCGGCCGCCGCGCGUCCUGCUGGCCCUGCUGGCGCGCAACGCGGCGCACUCGCUGCCCGCCGCGCUCGGCUGCCUGGAGAGGCUGCGCCACCCGAAGGACCGCCUGGCGCUUUGGGUGGCAACUGAUCAUAAUGUGGACAACACAACAGCUGUGCUUCGGGAAUGGCUGAUGAAUGUACAGAACAUGUAUCACUCGGUGGAGUGGCGGCCCAUGGAGGAGGCCAGGUCCUAUCUGGACGAGGAAGGUCCCAAGCACUGGUCCAAUUCCCGUUAUGAACAUGUCAUGAAGCUUCGUCAGGCAGCGCUGCAGUCUGCCCGGGACAUGUGGGCUGACUACAUCCUGUUUGUGGAUGCAGACAAUCUCCUGACGAAUCCUGACACGCUGGGCCUUUUGAUAGCUGAGAACAAGACUGUGGUGGCUCCAAUGCUGGACUCACGGGCAGCCUAUUCAAACUUUUGGUGUGGGAUGACCUCUCAGGGCUAUUACAAGCGCACCCCUGCUUACAUCCCCAUCAGGAAGCGAGACCGCCAGGGCUGCUUUGCUGUUCCCAUGGUGCACUCCACCUUUCUCAUCAACCUGCAGAAAGAGGCCACUCGGAGCCUUGUCUUCUACCCACCCCAUCCGGAUUACACCUGGGCCUUCGAUGACAUCAUCGUCUUUGCCUUUGCCUGCAGGCAGGCAGAAGUUCAGAUGUACGUGUGCAACAAAGAGGUGUAUGGCUUCCUUCCCGUGCCUCUGCGAUCCCACAGCACCCUACGUGACGAGGUGGAGAGUUUCAUGCACGUGCAGUUGGAGGUGAUGGUUAAAAACCCUCCAGUGGAACCUUCUCAAUACCUAUCUGUGCCUCCCAAAAUCCCAGACAAGAUGGGAUUUGAUGAGGUCUUCAUGAUUAACCUGAAGCGCCGGACCGACCGCCGGGAGCGGAUGCUGCGGGCACUUUAUGAGCAGGAGAUAGACUGCAAAGUGGUUGAAGCUGUGGAUGGCAAAGCAAUGAACACCAGCCAGGUGGAAGCGUUGGGCAUUAAGAUGUUGCCAGGUUACAAGGACCCAUACCACGGGCGUCCACUCACCAAGGGGGAAUUGGGUUGCUUCCUCAGCCACUAUAAGAUUUGGCAAGAGGUUGCUGAGAGAGGCCUGGAGAAGUCGGUGGUGUUUGAGGAUGACCUGCGCUUCGAGAUCUUUUUUAAGCGACGCAUGAUGAACCUCAUCUAUGACUUAGAAGAGGAGGGCCUGGACUGGGAUUUGAUAUACAUUGGCCGGAAACGCAUGCAAGUGGAGCAUCGUGAGAAGGCUGUGCCCCGCGUCCGUAAUCUGGUGGAAGCAGACUACUCCUACUGGACCCUGGCCUACGUUCUCUCCCUCCAGGGGGCCCAGAAGCUCCUGGACGCCCAGCCCCUCUCCAAGAUGCUGCCUGUGGACGAGUUCCUACCUGUCAUGUUUAACAAACACCCUGUUUCUGAGUAUAUGGAGCACUUUGAGAACCGGAACUUGCUGGCCUUCUCUGUAGAACCGCUGCUGGUCUUCCCCACACACUACACAGGAGACGAUGGUUACAUCAGCGACACGGAAACUUCUGUGGUGUGGAACAAUGAGAACGUCAAAACUGACUGGGACCGGGCCAAGUCCCAGAAGAUGAAGGAACAGCAGGAGCUGAGCAAUGAAGCAAAGAACUCUGAUGUGCUCCAGUCCCCUCUGGACAGCACAGCCCGCGAUGAACUAUGACCCUGCCGGGCCACAGAUGAAGGGGGCUGAGCAGGAGGGCAUGGCAUGGCAUGGCAUGGCAUGGCAUGGCUUUCCCCUUUCACAGGGUUUAUGGGUCGCUUCCCUCACUUUUCACUGUGGGGUCCACAUCUUUCAUCACACCUUGUGGCAAAGCAAUAAUGGCAAGCUCCACUCCCUCUGCCAUGGGGAGCCUGUGACAGAAAUAAUUUGGUUUGCUUAGCUGUGCCAUCCCCCGCCUCUCCCACCCUCUGUUUUGGAAGUGGUGUGGGUGAGAUCUUUCCAUACUCAGUUGUGUAAGAGAAGUUUUAUUCUUUGAAGAAUUGGUACUGGCUUCUACAGGGAGCCCUAUAUCUUCUGGAAGGAGCGAGAGUGGUUAAUCCUUGAAAAAGAUGCAGGCCAGACUUGCAGACUACAGCACAAUGAUGCUCUGUGUCAGACAAACCACUUAGCUUCGUGUACAUUUCAGACCUGUCCAGUUAUUUUUAUAUAUAUAUUUUUACUGGUGACAGUUUCUGAUCUCAUUUUUGUGGAAUCCUGAUUCCCCACCCCUCCCCUUUCUUUGUGCCUUGUCCGUGCUGAGAUUGCAACAGCGGGUUUCGAUGUGGAAAGUCAAAAAUGUCCUUGUUUCCCUUGGGGUAAUGAAUGUUUUUCCUAGCAUGUCUCUGCAGAGACACAAAGUGCCUUGGUAGGUUGUCGCUUUCACUCCCCAGUGGUCAGAGAUGCAUGAUGGGAAGUGCCAUCUGUUGUGACGUGGGGCUUGUGAUUUCAGCUCGCUUGACAUAAUAUGCUGGAGACAGUUCUCUAGUAACACUUCUUUAUUAAAGCAAACAAGACUGAGCUCUGAGGAGAGGAAAGCUACUUUUAUAGGGACGGGGGACUAGCUAGAAAGGGAGACAUUUUGGAGGCAAUCACAGUGCUGCCUUUUGGAGGAAACCAAUAAGACAGAGGAUCCAAAUAUAGCAGCUUAAAUGAACCAAUAGUAGCUGUACCUUCUGGAACCAAAAGGCAGUUACUUUAUCCUAAUGCAAAUACAGACAAUAAUAAUACAGAUAUAAAAUCCUUUGACUCAAUACACAACACCAUCCAUCGUGGGAGGCAUGGCUCGAACCACAUUUAACUUCAUACAAGUAUAAAGCAUUGCCCUUCAACUUGUGGGACAGCAUUUCAAGGUGGGUUGCGCCUGCAACACCCCACCAUUAUUAUUUUUGUUUGUUUUUCAAGCCCAAAUAAAAAAUAUGGGGCUGGGGAAGAGAGGGUAAGAUAUACCAUAGUUAAUUAAAAUGAGACUCAUGUUGCAGAUUAGGGUUAGAAAGGUGGGCCCCAGAUCUGAAGGCUGAAGACAGUCCAAGGGCUCCUGAAGUUUGGAGAAUGUGCUGAGAAAUUGGAACAGGUCCAUGGGGUGAAGGAGAGGAGGGAGAGGCCUGCAAGGUAGUGUUAGCGAUCCUGUAAGGAACAUUGGAAGGUUCUAGAAGCCACAGCUCAAAGUCAGCCUUGUUGCAGUUUCACCCAUCCUGGAGGGACAUACAGUACCACCAUGAUACCCCUUUUGGUGAUAGCAGAGGUGCCUCAGAAAGCAUGGUUGUGGUUACCUUUGCUAGCAAGCACCACCCAACUCUGAAGCAGGUGGCGUGUGGUGCGUCAUGUCAGCAGGUGGAGAGGGUUGCAGCUGGAUGGGAUGGGAGAUCCCCAGCAGAGCUCUUCCAUCACAUCAGGAUGGCGAGACUGGAGGUUCUGCCCCCAGACCUCUGUGUAUUCACUUACUCACAAGAUGCACAAAAUCAAGACGAUUCACAAAAUCAAGUGCCUUGCAACUUCUUGCUACAUGAGAAUUUCCUUCACAGCCCUAUAGUUAGCUGCAUUCUCUCACUGCACCCUCCACUUCUCAGCAGAAGUUUUGCAUCUGAUACUCUCAUCUUUCAGAGGUGUAUAUUCUUCAGCACAUGGUAUUUGAAACAACCUUGGACAACACAUUUCUUCUGUUGAUUGGAGUUGGAUUAGCAGAACUACACCUGUGUUGCAAUUUGAGCAGCUUUAUUUAAUAUCUAUAUGCAGACUUGUGGUUGGUGUGAUGUUGUAUAUAGGACACACAUAAUUUAUGAUGUGUGUCUGCACAGAUGUUUCAUUUGCAAAAUGCAACAGAUGUUGCUUGGAGAGGAAGGCAGUGAUGGGAUGGAGAAGAACCUCAUACUGGUCUUUCCUCUUGAGUAAUUUUGGAUGGGGCAGUCUGUGCUGACCUCACCCUUGUGGCCAAAAAAUGGAACCAGCCCAGAGGUAGAAUGUGGUUUGUUGGGAUCAAAUGCAGUGACUUGAUGCACAAUUGGGUUGCAAUCCACCAGCAAGUGGGCCAUAAGCUUGUGUGCAGCUCCCAUUAAUUUCAGUAGGGGUUGAACAGAAGAAUAGCAAUAGAUGGUACCCUUAAAUAGUAAUAAUAAACCCUCAAAUAUGCAAGUGACUAUUAUGCCUGUUAAGCAAAAGCAGAAAUGAAGCUGGCUAAGCAGAGAUUCAAACCCAGUUCCUACAGGUCCAAGGGCAGCACCAGCCCAGUGUGAUCAAUCUUGUUGGUACCUGUUUACACCUUAUUAGAAUCGCCUUUCCUGGGUGAAUCUCUAGUCCCCAUGAUGGUUGAAUUGGGUUUGCAAAUUGGAUGUACCAGCACAGUAGGAGGCUAGAAAAAUGGGCAUAAGUAAAUCUUUGCUUCCAUUUUGCUGUUCAUCUUAAUGACAUCUGAUGUAGACCAAAGCUUUUUUUCAAGUUCUCAUGUUUGAGGUGCAGAAUCUUGAAGCAAGAGAACUAACACAUCAGGGUUUUAUUUUUGUGACCAUGAAAUUGAUGCACAAGUUGUAUUAAUACAACUAAAGUAGAACUGUAUGUUAUUUGUUUCAUCUCCUUUGAGCAAUCACUACACUAAAAUGAUUUGGCUAUUGUGUAGUCCCUA